CUCAAUUCAUGUCCAAGGCUGCUUGCUUUAAACACGUGUUGAGUGAGCUCGAUCAAAUCCAAAACCCUUCCAUUUCGAUUUGUCACUUUCUAGCAGCCAUCACACCUCCAUUUUCAUUUACAAUUUCUACCUAACUUGUCUGUCUUUUAUUAUUUUUCUUUAAAUGAUCUCCUCAUCACAUUGACAAUUCUGAUCUUGAUCCUACUCCUGUUUCUUCUUACACGAUCAAUCGGUGAUGAAGUUGAAGAUCACAGACUUUUUACACACGUAAUUCUGUGUGAUAUCGACAUACAAAGAGGAAAUGUCGUUGUCGGUUGAUCUGGAAUCGAUUUCGGAGGCGACGUCGGGAGCUAUAGGUUCGGUGGUGAGCACCACCAUAUUGUAUCCGCUUGACACCUGCAAGGCCAAAUACCAAGCCGAGAUUCGUGCCCACGGCCGCCGUAGAUACAAAAAUCUGUCCGACGUUUUAUGGGAGGCAAUAUCCAAUAAACAGGUCCUUUCGUUAUAUCAGGGACUUGGGACCAAGAACGUGCAAUCCUUUAUUGCUCAAUUUGUGUACUUUUAUGGAUAUAGCUACUUUAAAAGGCUCUAUCUGGAAAAGACUGGUUCCAAAUCUAUUGGAACAAAAGCCAAUCUCGUUCUUGCUGCAGCAGCUGGGGCUUGUACUGCCAUUGUUACUCAACCAUUGGAUACAGCUUCCUCAAGGAUGCAGACAACUGCUUUUGGAAAAUCUAAAGGGCUUUGGGAAACACUUACUGAAGGCAGUUGGAGUGAUGCAUAUGAUGGCCUUGGAAUCUCUCUUCUUUUGACUUCAAAUCCGGCCAUUCAGUAUACGGUAUUUGAUCAACUGAAAGUAAGACUCCUGAAGCAGAAGCAGAAUAAAAUGGAGACAGGAUCAUCUCCAGAAGCCCUUUCUGCCUUCUCAGCUUUCAUUUUAGGUGCACUCUCUAAGAGCAUAGCCACAGUUCUAACUUAUCCAGCAAUCAGGUGUAAAGUUAUGAUCCAAGCUGCAGACACCAAUGAUGAUGUGGAUAAAAAAUCCAACAGAAAAUCCCGUAAAACAGUUUCUAGUGUUCUUCGUGCUAUUUGGCAACAAGAAGGUGCCCUCGGCUUCUUCAAGGGACUAAAAGCGCAAAUCUUGAAGACUGUAUUAAGCUCCGCAUUGUUGUUAAUGAUAAAGGAAAAGAUAUCUGCAACAACUUGGGUCCUCGUGCUUGCUGUGAGCAGAUAUUUACUGCUCAAACCUAGUAGGUUGAAGAGCACAUAAUGUUUUGAAAAUUGAGCGAGUCCUGUUUUGUAAAUGAUGACCCUGUGGAAGUAGGAAGAAAUUAGUAGUUCUAGAUCAUCAGCUGGAGGUGUCAUAUGAAAAGAUGUCCGGUAUAAGUUAAAAUAAUGGUAUCAGAAACUCAGGUGAGAGCAAACCUUACGGCUAUCAUUUAGCUAGAUCCUUGGUGUAAGUUCUAUUCGGAAGGGAAUGGUUGAUGAGGUACAUUUGAAUUAUCCAGUAAUGUGAGAGGGAGAGGGAGAGGGAGAGGGAGGGCAAUUUUCUUCUCUCUUGGUGAACUAUUUGUGUUGUGAAUUCUCUUAAUUUAAAGGUAUUAGUACAUUAUACAGUCUACAUGGUGCGAUUUAAAUUGAUGCAAUGCAAUGCUUCAAAGUCUCUGUAUGGGCCGAGCAGGGAAUGAGUGCCCCAGUUUCAGAAAUCCCAUUAGUGGUAAUUAAAGUUAGAGGAAAUUGGGCUCGGUGUCCUAUAAAAAAUAAGUAUUGUGAUUUAUACCUUUCAAACUUAUUAAACAUUUUAAUGCAGUAACAUCUACGUCCUAAUUAUUAUCAAGAACUCUACCCCCUAAACUAACCUGGUAGAGACCACUCCCCUCAUCCCUAGAAACGUUCCCUAUAUUCAUGGGCCAUUUUCCCAUCUACGGAAAAACGCGACUUCAAAUUUUUGUUUCUUACCAUUUUCUGUCGAUUUCAUCUCCAUAUUCCUCCAUCUACGUUCAUCUUCAGUCUUCUCCUUGUCAUUUCGUGGAGAUCUUGAAACACCAACCCUAAAAAUCUCAAAUAGUCAAAACCCUGACUUGUUCCGAUCAAAAUCCAGAAAUCUAAUUUUGAAUUACUUUGAUACCUAAAUCUGAUUCCUAUUUCUGCAAUGACCGGAGAAAGUGGGUUGCAGAAGAAAAGAGAUAUUGAUGAAGAACCAUCUUCAAAGAAAAAUAAAUCUUAUAUACCCAAGGUAGCAUUAAUUUCUUCAGUUUCCGCUCGUGUGUACGUUUUAUUUUUUGUUUCAUUCUGGUUUUGAUAUUUCGUAAGUGACUUUUCUGAUUCUGUUCAUUGCAUACAAACUGCUCAAACAUUGUAAGAACCAAAGAUUUAGAGAAUUUAGAAGCAUUAUUUUGUGUUCA